CGCUGCACCGAGUUGUCAAUCAGCCGGCGCCCGGUAGCAAGCGCUGGCUGGCUCCCUCCCUCCCUUUGCAAUCUCGAGUUGCAAUUUUUUCCAACAUGGCCUCGACUGGAACGUGUACCCGAUUCAGCGAUGAAUACCAGCUUUACGAGGAGCUCGGCAAAGGUGCUUUCUCAAUCGUCCGCAGAUGCGUGAAGCUGUCAACAGGGCAAGAAUAUGCAGCGAAAAUCAUUAACACCAAAAAGCUGUCUGCUCGAGACCACCAGAAGUUAGAGAGGGAAGCUCGAAUUUGUCGGUUGUUGAAACACUCCAAUAUUGUUCGUCUCCAUGACAGCAUAUCGGAAGAAGGAUUUCACUACCUUGUGUUUGACUUGGUUACUGGAGGAGAGCUAUUUGAAGAUAUUGUAGCCAGAGAAUAUUACAGUGAAGCAGAUGCAAGACAAUGGCAAUUUUCCUUUCACCAAAUACCACACCCGAAGCCUGAAAAUUUACUCCUAGCCAGUAAAUGCAAAGGAGCCGCUGUGAAGCUCGCUGACUUCGGUUUGGCCAUUGAAGUUCAAGGGGAACAACAAGCAUGGUUUGGCUUUGCAGGCACACCUGGCUACCUGUCUCCCGAAGUCCUUCGAAAAGAAGCCUAUGGAAAGCCAGUGGAUAUCUGGGCAUGCGGAGUUAUUCUGUACAUCUUGCUUGUUGGCUACCCACCUUUCUGGGAUGAAGACCAGCACAAGCUCUAUCAACAGAUCAAGGCUGGUGCUUAUGAUUUUCCUUCUCCUGAAUGGGAUACAGUUACUCCAGAGGCCAAGAAUCUCAUCAACCAGAUGCUGACAAUUAACCCUGCCAAACGUAUUACUGCCACCGAGGCACUGAAACACCCCUGGGUCUGUCAACGAUCCACUGUUGCGUCUAUGAUGCAUCGCCAAGAAACUGUGGAGUGUUUGAAGAAAUUCAAUGCCAGACGAAAACUCAAGGGUGCCAUCCUCACCACUAUGUUAGCAACACGGAACUUCUCAGUGGGCAGACAGACCACUGCGCCAGCUACAAUGACAGCUGCAGCCAGCGCGACUGUUGGUCUCGUUGAACAAGCAGCCAAAAGUUUAUUAAACAAGAAGGCCGAUGGAGUCAAGAAAAGGAAGUCAAGUUCCAGUGUUCAAUUAAUGCCUCAGACAAACAGCACCAAAAACAACGUAGUAACCAGUCCUAAAGGAAACAUUCCCUGCCCUGCACUGGAACCACAAACUACUGUCAUCCAUAAUCCUGUGGAUGGGAUAAAGGAGUCUUCUGACAGCAGUAACACGACUAUUGAAGAUGAAGAUGUUAAAGCUCGCAAGCAAGAAAUCAUCAAGUUAACCGAGCAGCUGAUUGAAGCCAUUAACAAUGGGGACUUUGAAGCUUAUGCGAAAAUAUGUGACCCAGGACUGACCUCGUUUGAACCUGAAGCUUUGGGUAACCUUGUUGAAGGAAUGGACUUCCACAGAUUUUACUUUGAGAAUUUGUUAUCUAAAAACAGCAAACCCAUCCACACAACUAUUUUGAAUCCUCACGUACAUCUGAUUGGAGACGAUGCUGCCUGCAUAGCAUAUAUUCGCCUCACCCAGUAUAUAGACAUUCAGGGUAGGCCACGAACAACCCAGUCAGAGGAGACACGGGUCUGGCACCGUCGGGACAGCAAAUGGCAGAAUGUUCACUUCCACUGCUCGGGUUCUCCAGCAGCACCACUCCAGUGAAGAACUGAAGAAGUUGGCAGAGUUCUGGCCCAAGCAAAUAUUCAAGCUGAGCCGCGACCUGGUGGCCUCUGAAGACCAGCAGUAACAUGCACGUGUCCGCAUGCACAUUAUGCUCCUGGUGGCUGCAUAAUUGUCACGUUCGUGGAACUAUAUGGUGUUUCUUUCAACUGUCUCAAGAUGUAGACAUUAACUUAAAAAAAAACAAAAAAAACUUACAAAAUCAAAAAUGGCUACUGUAUAUGUACUUUAUAUAAUUCACAUUUGAUGGCAGUGAUUUGUACAAUUCAUUCAAAACAUUUGCCAAAGCAUGAAGGGUAAAAUUUAAUGGUGAUCAUCCUAAUGUUGGAGGGUUAGUGUUCCAUUUUAUAUUUUCUUGUACACUAAAGAUGUGUCACUUAUUCUUUUGGGAACUUAGUUCUGACAUCCUUACACUUGACUCAAUGAAACUGUACAUGAGGCCCCAUCACAGCCACUGGUACUUCUGGAAUGGUAUUAAGGCAGAAGGCAGCCAAUCAAAUUAAGCAACCAACACAAUUCCAAAAAGGCAUCACAAGCAAUUUUUAAAAUGUGGAAAGUAUUAUUUCUGAAACAGUCUUCUGCCAUCAACAAAUUGUCACACAAGGUUGCUUCAAGUAUAUGAACAAACACAGCGACCUGAUUUUUCAUUUCUUACACUUUAUGUAUGCUGUAUUGGAGGAAGAAAGGUAGCUAGGUUCAUUGAUUUUUCCUCUGUUCCAUGUGAAAUGUAUUGGUUUGAUAGAACAACCUUCAAAGAAAAAGUUAAUUUAAGAGGUAACAGGUACAUCACUUGAAAUAGCAGUAAUGUGAGAAAAUUGACAAGGCUCGGGCGAAUACCUCCCUGGUUCUGUUCUUUUGAGAAGUGAGUGAGUUAACUAUAGAAGUAGCCAGAUCUAAUUUGGUGUUCUUUACUGUUUUGUUAUACUGUGCUACCGACUCUAGGAUUUAAAGAAAAACCUGUUGCCAUCAGUUAAAAUUGUAUAUGCAUUUUUACAAAUGCACGUUAUAUAUUUAUAGCCAAUAAUUUUUGUGUUUAACUUGCCAUGGGUUCAGAUGAUGUACUGAGCUUUAUUGUUUUCAAAUUACAGAGUCUUGAAUGCGUGUAGUGAUACAAUCUGAUGUCUGAGAUUAGCCUGCCUGGAAGGCCUCUCAGAAGGGCAUGAUCACUUUGUGGUUUCUUUGUUAAACUUGUGUAGAAAAUAGCUUAUUAAAAUAGCCAAAAAAAAGUUCUUUUGCAUGACAUAAUUAACCCUGUUGGUUUAAAAAAAAGUUGCCCGUAGAGCUCUACAUUUCUCUUACCUUCUCCUUUCUGAGCUUUGUAACAGCAUAAAACCUUUUUUGUCUGCUGUGUGUAAUGAAAACCUGGUUUGCAUGCACUUGAUCAACUGCUUAACAAUUUUGUGCAGGGGCUGUGGAAACGCAUUGAGAGGACUCCUCUUAUCGUGUUUUUAUGGAUGUUUUAAAUUAGACAGCUUAGGGAUCUUAAGUGUAAUGAGCUGUGUGUGGAUUUUUUUUAUUUUUUUUUACAAGGGCUGUGGAACCUAUGAAUUAAACAAAUGAGUUUUACCUCAUUUAAUGCCUCGCGUGGCUUGAAGUGUGGAAGUGCUGAUUUUGCUGGAGAUAUUUUUACGGUUGAAAAUGAUGGACUAUAUUUGCUUUUUACACAGCAACUUGCCUGAAUAUGAAAUGUGAUUUUUUUUUUUAAUUAUUCAAGUUCUCUGCAGCUGAAAUUGUCAGGUCUGGUUUAUAUGAGGACAAAAAAAACAAUAUGUUACAGGAUGUGGUCUAUGUGUUCCUCUUACCAUUUAAAAUUGUUGAUAUGUCAGAAAUAAACUUGACAAUAUGAAUAGUGUAAA